GUCGGGCUGACAGGGCGUGGCCAGAAUAAGGGGGCGUGGUCGGCGAGACGAUGCUGAGCGGCACUGGCUCCAGCGGCCUGUAUAAAGCCCCUCUUUCUAAGAGUCUUAUGGUGGUGCUCAGUACUGCGGCCUUUAUUUUAGCUGUACCAUUUCAACAAUAUCAGAAUUAUUUUGUGUACGACUUAAAAGCAAUUAAACAAGAGCUUGAAAUAUGGAGAAUGAUCUUUGCUCGCAUAGUUUAUCUCGACCUCAAGGAUGUAUUCUGUAGUUGCCUUCUUAUCUACAAUUUUAGAAUUUUUGAAAGAAGAUAUGGCAGCCGAAAAUUUGCAUCCUUCCUUCUGGGUUCCUGGGUGCUGUGCGCAAUUAUGGACUUGCUGCUUGUGGAAGCCCUGCUUCAUACACUUGAUAUUACUGUGGAUGUCUUGCCGUCUGGUUUUCUAGGUCCCAUCUUUGGAUUGUUUGUGCCUUUUUACUGCUCCAUUCCGAGUAUUCAGGUGACUCAAAUCCUGGGCAGAUUAUCCAUAACAAACAAAACUCUCGUCUAUAUUGUGGGGCUACAGCUUUUGACUUCCAGUACCAAUAUUUGGAUCUUGGCAUUCAGUGGAUUGCUCUCUGGGAUUAUGUACCACUGUAAUGUGCUGAGGGUGCAACAGUUGCUCUGCGUACCCAAAUGGGUGGCCAGAUGUGCCUCAUUUACCCUCGAACCUCUCUUAUCGUCUGCUGAUCCCACCCAUGAGACUCCCAUUGGAAUGGGUGCAACGCUGGAGAUUCAGAGGCAACAGAGGGCCGAACUCCUGGAUCAACAAAUCAUGCUGGCUCAACUGAAUCAGAACAACAGGAGGCAUCGAGGACAGGGUGGUUUGAUCAACUGGGAGAGGCUGUUCCCUCAAAUGCGCAACAGAUUUAAUGCUAACAAUCGACAAGACAGUGGAUUGAAUAGCCCUUCACCAAGUGCGCCAGUUUCUGAAGAACAGCACUUUGCAGAUAUGGUCCCACAACUGAAUGGAAUGAAGAAGUUAAAAUGUGACAAUUGUUGGUGUCAACGAUGCAGCUGAAAAUAAGUUCGUCCUGCAUCUUGUGUGUUGCUCCAGAUUCCAGUAUCUGCAUCUCUUGUGCCUUCAGUUAAGUCUUUCAGUUGUGUGAAAGCCUCAGCAUUAAAAUUCAAUAGGAACAUCUCCAAUCACCAGCCUGUGUAUUGACUUCAUCCAUCAGCAAUGGACCGUGGUUUAAUAUGAGCCAUCUGUACAAACUAAGCAACAGAAACUCACCAAGAUGACAAUAGGAGUACUUACCGAACCAGCAACUUUUACUGCCAAGGAGGAUAAAGGCCACACCAAGAUACACCAAGAUUGACGAAGGGUCUCGGCCUGAAACGUCGACUGCGCCUCUUCCUAUAGAUGCUGCUUGGCCUGCUGCGUUCACCAGCAACUUUGAUGUGUGUUACCAAGAUACACCGCCAGGUCAUACACCUUCCUGACUUGGAAAUGCAUAAGUGGUCCUUCAUCAUUACUAGAUCUAAAUCAUGUAGUCCUCACAGUAGUGUAGUGGCUAGCGUGAUGCUGUUAAAGCUCGGGGCUCUCUGGAGUUUGAAGUUUAAUUGCAGUGCCAUUCUGUAACAAGACUCUGUAUGUGAGGGGUAAGCUUUUUACCCAGAGAGUCAUGGACGCCUGGAAUGCGCUACCUGGUACGUUGGUUGAGGCAAAUACAUUAGAAGCUUUUAAUUAAGUGACGUUUGGAUAGGCACAUGGAUGUAAGGAAAAUGGAGGGAUUUAGACAUGGUGUAGGUAGGAAGGAUUAGUGUUAGGGUGUUUGUUGAUUUGUUGUUUAGCUGGUUCGGCACAGCAUAGUGGGCUAAAUGGACAGUUCCUGUGCUGUACUCGUCUAUGUUCUAUAUCUGUCUUCUAUGUCCUUCCUGUGGAAUGUGUGGGUUUUCUCCAGGCCUAAUUGUCCCAUGAUUAGUUUAGGGUUAAUCAGGUUUGUCUGGGGUUGCUGGGGUGGUGUGGAUUGAAGGACCAGAGUGGUCUACUUUGCACUGUAAGUAAAUACUUGCUAAGUAAAUAAAUCCUGCAACACCAUACAGGAAAACACUGGAGGGACUGCAGCAUCUUAAGAAGACAGCUCACCAUCCCAUAUCAAGGGUAAUUCUGAAUUAACCAGUAAUGUUGGCUUACUAUGUAGAGGGCAUUAAUUAAAUGCACAUUGUCCUUGGCCAUAAUGAAUGCUAACAUCCAAAGAAAAAAGACAAGGGCACUCUAAGACAGAACAUUUCCUUCAUCUAGAACCUGUGAUCAAAUGUAACUUGAUACUACUAGUUAGAAAGAACUUGUAAAGUGAGUUAGAAACAUAGAAAUCUUCAGCCCACAACAUUGUAACCUACUGUAGAAACUUCCUAGAAUCUCCCUACCGCAUAACCAUCUAUUUUUCCAAACUCCAUGUACUUUUAAGAGUCUCUUAAAAGACCCUAUUGUAUCGCAAAUCCCUGUUGUUUCAUCACUGACCUGGAACGUGCUUCCAAAAGAGGAGAUGGAGGCAGCUGCAGUAAUAAUUUUUGAAAGAGUAAAGGAUGCUUGAGGAGUACAGCAGCACUGAUUAGACUUGUCUUUACAGAAAAUGACGCAGACCAAACAGCCACCUCCUCUGCUGACUAAUACUAUUCGGCAUAUUGAGGAACUGAGACAUGUUACUAAAUUCUCAGGAAGUUUCUUACUAAAUGGUUCAAUGCUUCCAGUUAAUAUCAGAGAAUACAAACUGAAAUUCUUAAUCUCCACAGACAUCCUCGAAACUGAAGAAAAACCCCAAAGAAUGACUGACAGAAAAGAAGUGUUGUGUUAUGGUUAUGGGUCU